AUGAACUCCCCUGCUACAGUUAGAUUCAAUGACCCUCCGGUCACUGAAUAUAACUCAAUGGAUGUGGAUGAAUCAACUGUGUCCCGGAUGUCAACAGAUCAAUUAAAUCUUGGGCCGGCUGAUGACCCAGAAUCAUGUUCUGUGUCAUCCAAUGGUCCGGAGGUCUUUUCUUCAAUUUCCAAUCAUUCACCUCCGGCUCAAUGUGAUCAACCAGGCCUCCCAGUUCACCCGGACCUAUACCUCGGGCCUGAGGAUGACCUGAUGGCUGGGAUGCAUGAUCAGUCACAUCCGGCCCAACCUGAUAUGCUGGGUCUAGCCAUCCACCCAGAUCUCUACCUCAGGCCUGAUGAAGAUAUUAUGACUGAGAUCCCGGAUCCAUCACCUCUGGCCCAACCUUAUCACCCGGAUGUACCCAUCCACCCUGACCUGUACCUCGGGCCUGAUGAAGAUUUUAUGCCAGAAUUCCCUGAUAAAUCUCUUCCAGCCCAACCUGAUCAACCGGGUUCCCUCAUUCACCCAGACAUGUACUUAGGCCCUGAAGAUGAUCUGAUCGACUGUGAGGUGAAGCUGGAGCGUGCUGAUUCGGAUAGUGAGGUCUCAGGUGCGCUGGUAGUCUCCAGGGCAUCAAUUGCAAAAUCUCCUGAACAUGAUUUGCCACACCCGGAUGUCACUUAUGAAGAAUUGCUUGCCAUGGUCCGGGAUCUCCAGCCAUUUGAGUCUUACAAUCACAUGGGCAUUCAAUCCAUUCAAGAUCGGGUCCGGGAUUACAAACAGCGACACGGACAUAUUCCUGACCCAUCCAUCCAACAACUACUGGAGGCUGAGAGACCAUUCCGAACUGCCUGGGCAGAAACAUCUGACAAACUCAGAAGAGCUAAUGAAGACCUCCGGAGGCUGCAACGAGCUGAACAUUUGACUUCCAAAAUGCUCAAGGUAUUAGAUUCCCUCAUUCUUAGGUUUGAAGAUCAAAUUCAAAUGUAA